AUGGCACCAAAGAGGCUUAUUAGUGGUGAAAAUAAGCCUAAAAGGAAGAAUGUAGUGACGACCAUUGAACGGAAAAAGGAGAUUAUUGAUAAAUACGAGAAAGGAGCAAGAAUCACCGAUCUUGCAGCUGAGUAUCGUAUGGCGAGAUCUACAGUAGCCACCAUACUGAAGAACAAGGAGGCCAUUAAGGGAGCUGAUGUGGCGAUGGGUGUGAAAAAGCAACUUAAGCGACCUGCGGCAGUGGAAGAAAUGGAAAAAUUGUUGAUGGUGUGGAUAAACGAAAGGCAGAUGCCUGGUGAUUCUAUGUCAGAGGGCAUAAUUUAUGCGAAGGCUAGGCGGCUCCAUGGUGAUCUUAUUUGUGAUACUACCUCUGACUCCAGUGAAGAUUUUAAAGCUGGUAAGGGGUGGUUUGGGAAUUUCAAGAAGAGAACUGGAAUUCAUUCUGUUGUGAGGCACGGCGAGGCCGCAAGUGCUGACAAAGUUGCUGCCAAGAAGUUUGUGCCUGAAUUUAAGAAAUUUGUGGAUAAGGAGCGCUUAAGCCCACAACAGGUCUUUAAUUGUGAUGAGAUAGGCCUGUUUUGGAAAAAACUACCAAACAGGACCUAUAUAACAAAGGAAGAGAAGUGUUUGCCAGGAUACAAGCCCAUGAAAGACAGGCUAACCCUGCUUCUGUGCGCCAAUGCUAGCGGCGACUGCAAAAUUAAACCGCUGCUGGUGUACCAUUCGGAAAACACCAGGCCAUUCAAGAAGAACGUGAAGACAUACCUAAUAGAGAAGAAUCUACCACUCAAGGCCCUCCUGUUGAUGGACAAUGCCCCUGCACGCCCUCCAGGCGUGGAAGAAGAAUUGGUCCAGGAGUCUGCUGUGGUGGACGACAUUGUAUCUCUGGGGAGGGCCAUAGGCAUUGAGGUGGACAGUGAUGAUGUGAAGGAGCUGGUGCAAGCACACUCUGAAGACCUCACCACUGAUGAGCUGUGUCAACUUCACCAGGAACAGCUGCAGGAGGUAACUGAGGAGCUGUCUUCAGGGGAGGAGGAGGGGAACAGCAAGGAAAGUCUCCACUGCAGAGAUCAAGAAGUAUUUGCGGCAGUGGACAGAGUUGGGAAACUUUUUGGAGAGGUGCCACCCUGA